GGGCGGGGCCGGCGGCUCCCGCGCGCUCCGGCCCCUCCUCGGCCACACAAAGGCCCGUCUCCAUGGCAGCCGCGGGGCCGGAGCGCAGCGCAGAGCGCGGCCCCGGCGCCAUCGAGCCUCGGCGGUGGACGAGCAGAUGGGGAAAUGAGGCACAGAGAAGUUAACUUGCCCAGGGUCACACAGCUAAGAAUCCUGAUGCCAGCCUGAAACAGAGACUGAGCUAGAUCACUGGAGCCUUGAGUUCUGGGGGCAAUGGCUCUGCCACUCUGGGCCCUGACCCUUCUGGGUUUGAUGAGCCUAGGGGUGAGCCUAAGGCUCCGGAAGUUGGAUGUUUUCCGCAGCAACACAGAGCUGAACCACCUGGUUGUGGAUGAGACCUCAGGUGUGGUAUAUGUCGGGGCAGUAAAUGCACUCUACCAGCUGAGUGCUGACCUGCAGCUCCAGCAGCAUGCAGUCACAGGCCCUGCCAUGGAUAACAAGAAAUGCACACCACCCAUAGAGGCUAGCCAGUGCCAUGAGGCAGUGUCCACUGACAACGUCAACCAGCUGCUGCUGCUCGAUCCACCUGGGAAGCGCCUAGUUGAGUGUGGCAGCCUUUUCAAGGGCAUUUGUGCCCUGCGUGCCCUGAGCAAUGUCUCAGUGCGCCUGUUUUACGAAGAUGGCAGUGGUGAGAAGUCCUUUGUAGCCAGUAAUGAUGAGAGAGUGGCCACAGUAGGGCUGGUGAGCUCCACACACCCUGAUGGGGAGCGUGUGCUGUUUGUGGGCAAAGGCAAUGGGCCACAUGACAACGGCAUCAUUGUGAGCACCCGCCUGCUGGACAGGGCUGAGGGCCGGGAGGCCUUUGAGGCCUACUCAGACCACACCACCUUCAAGGCUGGCUACCUAUCUACCAACACUCAGCAGUUUGUGGCAGCCUUUGAGGACAGCGUGUAUGUUUUCUUCAUCUUCAACCAGCAGGACAAGCACCCUGCCAGGAACCGCACAUUGCUGGCACGCAUGUGCAAAGAUGACCCUUCUUACUACUCUUAUGUAGAGAUGGACCUGCAGUGCCAGGACCCCAGUGACUCCCAAGGCUCUGCCUUUGGCACCUGCCUGGCAGCCUCUGUAGCCACACCAGGUGCUGGCAAGGUGCUCUAUGCUGUCUUCAGUAGGGAUGGCCGGAGCAGUGGGGGGCCUGGUGCAGGCCUCUGCAUGUUCCCACUAGAUGAAGUCCAUGCCAAGAUGGAAGCCAACCGAAAUACCUGCUAUACAGGCACCCGAGAGGCAGGCCGGGAGACCUUCUACAAGCCCUUCCACGGAGAGAUCCAAUGUGGUGGCCAUGUACUAGGUGCCAGUGAGAGUUUCCCAUGUGGCUCGGAGCAUCUGCCCUACCCACUAGGCAGUCGUGAUGGACUCACCGCCACUCCUCUGCUACAGCGUGGGGGCCUGAAUCUCACAGCAGUGACCGUAACUGCUGAGAAUGGUCACGCUGUUGCUUUCCUGGGCACCUCAGAUGGCCGGAUCCUCAAGGUGUACCUCGCCCCAGAUGGCACUUCUGAAGAAUAUGGCUCUAUCCUUGUGGACAUCAACAAGAGAAUCAAACAGGACCUGGCACUAUCUGGAAACCUGUCCAGUCUGUAUGCCAUGACCCAGGAUAAGGUGUUCCGACUUCCAGUGCAGGAGUGUCUGAGCUAUCUAACCUGUGCUCAGUGCCGUGAUUCCCAGGACCCCUACUGUGGCUGGUGUGUUGUCGAGGGACGAUGCACCAGAAGGGCUGAGUGCCCAAGGGCUGAGGAAACUGGCCACUGGUUGUGGAGCCGGGAUAAGUCCUGUGUGGCCAUCACUGAUGCUCAUCCACAGAACAUGAGCCGGCGGGCUCAGGGAGAGGUACAACUGGCUGUCAGCCCCCUGCCCACCCUGACUAAUGAAGAUGAGCUGCUGUGCCUCUUUGGUGAAUCGCCCCCACAUCCUGCCCGUGUGGAGGGGGAUGCUGUCAUCUGCCACUCCCCAAGCAGCAUCCCUAGCACACCACCAGGCCAAGAUCAUGUGGCUGUGAGCAUCCAGCUUCUCUUCAGACAUGGCAAUGUCUUCCUCACCUCCCACCAGUAUCCUUUCUAUGACUGUCGUGAGGCUAUGAGCCUGGUAGAGAACCUACCGUGCAUUUCCUGUGCUAGCAACCGCUGGACUUGCCAAUGGGACCUGCUUUACCAUGAGUGCCUGGAGGCCUCAUCUAACCCAGAGGACAGAUUCAUACGUGCCCACAUGGAAGAUAAUUGUCCCCAGUUCCUGGACCCUAGCCCUUUGGUCAUCCCCAUGAAUCAUGAGACAGAAGUGAUUUUCCAGGGCAAGAAUUUGGAUACUGUGAAGGUCUCCUCCCUGCAUGUGGGCAGUGACCUGCUGAAGUUUGAGGUGGCUGUGACCAUGCAGGAGCCAGGAACCUUCUCUUUUAGGACCCCAAAGCUAUCCCAUGAUGCCAAUGAGACGCUGCCUCUUCACCUGUAUGUUAAAUCCUUUGGCAAGAACAUUGACAGCAAGCUCCAAGUGACCCUCUACAACUGCUCCUUUGGGCGCAGCGACUGUAGCCUGUGUCUGGCUGCCGAUCCUGCCUACAGGUGUGUGUGGUGUGGUGGGCAGAACAGGUGUGUGUAUGAAGCUCUGUGCAGCAAUGUGACUUCUGAAUGCCCACCGCCUGUCAUCACCAUGAUCCAGCCCGAGACAGGCCCUCUGGGUGGGGGCAUCCGUGUCACCAUCCUUGGGUCCAAUUUGGGUAUCAGAGCAGAUGAUGUCAAGAAGAUCACUGUGGCUGGCCAGAACUGUGCCUUUGAGCCAAGAUGGUACUCUGUAUCUACCCGGAUUGUGUGCGCAGUUGAGGCUGCAGAAGUGCCCUUCACUGGAGGUGUUGAGGUGGAUGUUAAUGGAAAACUCGGCCAGUCACCACCCAGUGUCCAGUUUACUUAUCAACAACCCCAGCCCCUCAGUGUGGAGCCACAACAGGGACCACAGGCAGGUGGUACAACACUGACCAUCAGUGGCACCCAUCUGGACACAGGCUCCAAGGAGGAUGUGAGGGUGACCCUCAAUGACAUUCCUUGUAAAGUGACCAAGUUUGGGGCCCAGCUGCAGUGCAUCACAGGCCCCCAGUUGGCUACUGGCCAGGUAGCCCUAGAGAUCUACUAUGGGGGCUCCCACGUGCCCAGCCCUGGCGUCUCCUUCACCUACUGCGAGAACCCGGUGUUGCGAGCCUUCGAGCCAAUGCGAAGCUUUGUCAGUGGUGGCCGGAGCAUCAAUGUCACAGGCCAGGGCUUCAGCCUCAUCCAGAAGUUUGCCAUGGUUGUCAUUGCUGAGCCCCUGCAGUCCUGGCGGCGGCGGCGGGAGGCUGGACCCCUGCAGCCUACAACGGUCAUGGGCACCGAGUAUGUAUUCUACAAUGACACCAAGGUUGUCUUCUUGACUCCUGCUGUUCCUGAGGAACCUGAGGCUUAUAAUCUCACUGCAUUAAUACAGAUGGAUGGUCAUCGUGCCCUGCUCAGGACUGAGGCCGGUGCCUUUGAGUAUGUGGCAGACCCCACCUUUGAGAACUUCACAGGUGGUGUCAAGAAGCAGGUCAACAAGCUCAUUCAUGCCCGGGGAACCAAUCUGAACAAAGCCAUGACACUGCAGGAAGCUGAGGCAUUUGUGGGUGCCGAGCGUUGCAUUAUGAAGACACUGACUGAGACUGACCUCUACUGUGAGCCCCCUGAGGUGCAGCCCCCACCCAAGCGGCGACAGAAGCGAGAUACCACACACAACUUACCUGAAUUCAUUGUGAAGUUUGGCUCCCGAGAGUGGGUGCUAGGCCGGGUGGAAUAUGACACACGUGUGAGUGAUGUGCCGCUCAGUCUCAUCCUGCCUCUGGUCAUCGUGCCCAUGGUGGCUGUCAUUGCUGUAUCCAUCUACUGCUAUUGGAGGAAGAGCCAGCAGGCUGAGCGCGAAUAUGAGAAGAUCAAGUCCCAGUUGGAGGGCUUGGAGGAGAGUGUGAGGGACCGCUGUAAGAAGGAAUUCACAGACCUAAUGAUCGAGAUGGAGGACCAGACGAAUGAUGUGCAUGAGGCAGGCAUCCCCACACUGGACUACAAGACCUACACUGACCGUGUCUUCUUCCUGCCCUCCAAGGAUGGUGACAAGGAUGUCAUGAUCACUGGCAAGCUGGACAUCCCUGAGACACGGCGGCCCAUUGUAGAACAGGCCCUCUACCAGUUCUCCAACCUGCUUAAUAGCAAGUCUUUCCUCAUCAAUUUUAUUCAUACCCUAGAGAAUCAGCGGGAGUUCUCUGCUCGUGCCAAAGUCUACUUUGCAUCACUGCUGACUGUGGCCCUGCAUGGGAAGCUGGAGUACUAUACAGACAUCAUGCGUACACUCUUCCUGGAGCUCAUGGAGCAGUAUGUGGUGGCCAAGAACCCCAAGCUGAUGCUGCGCAGGUCUGAAACAGUGGUGGAAAGAAUGCUGUCUAACUGGAUGUCCAUCUGUCUCUAUCAGUACCUAAAGGAUAGUGCAGGUGAGCCCCUGUACAAGCUCUUCAAGGCCAUUAAACACCAGGUAGAGAAGGGGCCAGUGGAUGCUGUGCAGAAGAAGGCUAAGUACACCCUCAAUGACACAGGACUGCUUGGGGACGAUGUAGAGUAUGCACCUCUGACGGUGAGCGUGAUUGUUCAGGAUGAAGGUGUUGAUGCCAUCCCAGUCAAGGUCCUCAACUGUGACACCAUCUCUCAGGUCAAGGAGAAGAUCAUCGACCAGGUGUACCGUACACAACCCUGUUCCUGCUGGCCCAAGCCUGACAGUGUGGUACUUGAGUGGCGUCCUGGGUCCACAGCUCAGAUUCUGUCUGACUUGGACCUGACCUCUCAGAGGGAAGGCCGGUGGAAGCGCAUCAAUACCCUGAUGCACUACAAUGUCCGUGAUGGAGCUACCCUCAUCCUGUCCAAGGUGGGAGUCUCCCAGCAGCCAGAGGACAGUCAACAGGAUCUGCCUGGAGAACGCCAUGCCCUGCUGGAGGAGGAAAACCGUGUGUGGCACCUGGUACGACCAACCGACGAGGUAGAUGAGGGGAAGUCCAAACGUGGCAGUGUGAAGGAGAAAGAGCGAACCAAGGCCAUUACAGAGAUCUACCUGACGCGGCUGCUGUCAGUCAAGGGCACACUGCAGCAGUUUGUGGAUAACUUUUUCCAGAGUGUGCUGGCACCUGGGCAUGCAGUGCCACCUGCAGUCAAGUACUUCUUUGACUUCUUGGAUGAGCAGGCAGAGAAGCAUGACAUCAGAGAUGAGGAUACCAUCCAUAUCUGGAAAACUAACAGUUUACCGCUCCGGUUCUGGGUAAACAUCCUGAAGAACCCACAUUUCAUCUUUGAUGUACAUGUCCAUGAGGUGGUAGAUGCCUCCCUGUCAGUCAUUGCACAGACCUUCAUGGAUGCCUGUACUCGCACAGAGCACAAGCUGAGCCGUGACUCUCCCAGCAACAAGCUGCUGUAUGCCAAGGAAAUCUCUACCUAUAAGAAGAUGGUGGAGGAUUACUACAAGGGCGUCCGACAGAUGGUUCAGGUCAGCGACCAGGACAUGAACACACACUUGGCAGAGAUUUCUAGGGCACACACGGACUCCUUGAAUACGCUUGUGGCACUGCACCAGCUCUACCAGUACACCCAGAAGUACUAUGAUGAGAUUAUUAAUGCUUUGGAGGAGGACCCUGCAGCCCAAAAGAUGCAAUUGGCCUUUCGCCUGCAGCAGAUUGCUGCUGCACUUGAGAACAAGGUUACUGACCUCUGACCUCUGACCAUUACUGCUGCCUCAGGAUGCAGUAGAAGAUGCACCCAAGGCAUCUGGAGUGGGUGCAGCAGGCCCACCUCUUGUAGACUGUAGCGUCUUUCUCCUGAGCAAUACUGCCCGGGCGCCCGAGUCAGCACCAGCUCCUUCCAAUGGCACCAGCAUCGGGUGUUCUCUGUGUUGUCUCCUGAGUGAUUCGCAAAUGUGCCUUACAAAGCCACACGGGGCCACUGGGGGCAGUGGGGCCUUGGCCUCCCCUUUCCAUGCACCAGCAGCCUCCUAAGAUACCUUGGGUUUGGCCUUGGGUAGAAUCUGGGCCUGUAGCUCCCAGGGCCAGUUCCUGGACUGUGUCUGUCUGUCAGAUGGAAGGAGAAGAAGCGGUACGAUGCCUUCCUGACCUCACCUGGCCUCCUCGUGGGGUGCAGGCACUCCAGGUGGACUUCAGGGCCAUCACUGGCUCCACCUCUAAGGUCAAGAUGGACGUCAGACGUCGGGGUCCAGGUGGCCAGAGGGACCCAGAAGACUGGCAGUCCUGCUCUCAGCUGUCAAACAGGCUGUCCUGGAGGCCCUGCCUGGGUCUGGCGAUGCUGGAGCAGCAUCUCCCCCAGGAUUACCUAACCCAUUUUUGUAAAUCUUGAUUGUAAAUCAAUACACUUGUCUUUUUCACUCUC